GGGUUGAAUCAGUACCCCUCCCGCAGAGGCCGGCUCGCGGAAGACGGUGACAGGAGGAAAGGUCCAGAACACACCCGGGUCGGGGCGCGCCGUCCGGGAGCAGCGGGCCGGAGCGCCCCCCGCGGAGCCCGCUCGCAGCCAAUGGGAGCCUGCGGUCCGGGGAUGAUGAGAUGCGGGGCUGAGGCUGGGCCAAUCAGGCUCCAGGCGCGGCCAGGGGGAGGAGAUGGGAGGAGAGGCCGGGGGCGAUGGAGGCAGAGCUACAUCAACAGAAGUUUCUCACCUAUUCCAGCGAGGGACGCUCCCGCACCUCCUGCACACCUCCGGCUCGUCGCAGGAGGAGGGCCCCGGGCUACUUUCUCCAUCUCCUCCCAGCUCCCCGCAAGCCAGGGGAAGGCUGCCGGGAGCCCCCACCGCUGGCCUUCUUUUUAUGUUGUCUGCAGGGAGAAAGAGGGCGAGGGACAACUUGGUGCGGGGGAACUGACCUCUGGCUUGGCGGGCCCCUGGGCAGGGAGGGCAGAAGAGGAGUGGCUGGGGCUGGAGGACUCCAUGCGGGGGCCAUGGACAGAGCGGCGCUCCUGGGACUGUCGCGCCUGUGCGCGCUGUGGGCAGCCCUGCUCGCGCUGUUCCCCUGCGGAGCCCAGGGAAAUUGGAUGUGGUUGGGCGUCGCGUCCUUUGGGGUUCCGGAGAAGCUGGGCUGCGCCAACUUGCCGCUGAACAGCCGCCAGAAGGAGCUGUGCAAGAGGAAACCGUACCUGCUGCCGAGCAUCGGAGAGGGCGCGCGGCUGGGCAUUCAGGAGUGCCGGAGCCAGUUCCGGCACGAGAGGUGGAACUGCCUGGUCACCGCCGCCCCGCCGGGCACCAGCCCCCUGUUUGGCUACGAGCUGAGCAGCGGCACCAAGGAAACAGCAUUUAUUUAUGCUGUGAUGGCUGCAGGCCUGGUGCAUUCUGUGACCAGGUCCUGCAGUGCAGGCAACAUGACCGAGUGCUCCUGCGACACCAGCUUGCAGAGCGGCGGCUCCGCCAGUGAAGGCUGGCACUGGGGGGGCUGCUCGGAUGAUGUCCAGUAUGGCAUGUGGUUCAGCAGGAAGUUCCUAGAUCUCCCCGUCAGAAACAGCACAGGAAAAGAAAGCAAAGUACUGUUAGCAAUGAAUCUACACAACAACGAAGCCGGAAGGCAGGCUGUCGCCAAGUUGAUGUCCGUAGAUUGCCGCUGUCACGGAGUUUCGGGCUCCUGCGCUGUGAAAACGUGCUGGAAAACCAUGUCUUCUUUCGAGAAGAUUGGCCACUUGCUGAAGGAUAAAUACGAAAACAGUGUCCAAAUCUCAGACAAAAUAAAGAGGAAAAUGCGCAGGAGAGACAAAGACCAGAGGAAAAUACCGAUUCGCAAGGAUGAUCUGCUCUACGUCAAUAAGUCUCCCAAUUACUGUGUCGAGGAUAAGAAACUAGGGAUCCCGGGGACACAAGGCAGAGAAUGCAACCGCACGUCAGAGGGCGCGGACGGCUGCAACCUCCUUUGCUGUGGCCGAGGCUACAACACCCACGUGGUCAGGCACGUGGAGAGGUGCGAGUGCAAGUUUAUUUGGUGCUGCUACGUUCGCUGCAGGAGGUGUGAAAGCAUGACUGACGUCCACACUUGCAAGUAGCCCCUCCAUCCAGCGUCGAGCAACGCUGCUCAGUUACAGCCGAGGGAGUGUCGUCCAGAGGGUGCCUCUCACCCUGCAGGGCUGGGGAAGCGGACUCGGCCUCAGAAGCCCCAGACCCUCAUGCCUCUCGCUGAGCCCCCUUUACCUGCUGGAUAUCCAAUCGCACACAGAGCAUGUGGAUUUUGGGGGGAUGCCAGAGUCGACCAGCUUUGGGUUCAUCUUUUCCUGGCUUAGAAAUAUAUAUUGACACACCAGGAAGAUAAUCUGUCUCCUAAACAAGACAGAACAGGAAGCAGCCUUCACGCAGGGAGACCCGGUCCAUACUCAGGAUAAGAUCCUGGACUGUGGAACUCAGCUAUGAAACUCAAUAGUGGUGGGUGAAUAGUAGGCAUUUUUAAAAGACACCUCUUCUAGCAGAAAGGAACAGUAAACAUGAUCUCAUUUAUUCUCUCAGUAUUUUAGAUGAAGAAGUCAUACUGUUUGUGCAUAGAAACAGACGCUGAGAAGUUAACAGAAGUGGUGGGUGCUUACUUACCCUUUCAUGCCUUUUAAAAGGAAGGCAAUUAAAAAGAAUUUUCAUAAGUGAUACAGUACCCCUAAAAAGUGUUUGCUAGAGAUGUUUAGUGACAAAAGGGAAGAAUCUAAACAUUAAAAAGUAAAAUGUAUGGUUUGGAUUUUAAGUGCCUUUUAACUAGGAGAAUUUAUCUAGAAAAAGCUCAGAUAUACAGCAAUCGUUUUUGGCUUCAUUUUUUUUUAAAUUUAAAUUUAAGUUAUUUAACAUCUACUGUAGUUGGCUUCAUUCUUUAAUGGUAGACCAAUUUCUACCAUUAAAACCCCAGCUUGGAAAUAAUGGGGACGAUAGGGAUCUUGAAAGCAGGUGGGAAAAUUAAAGGUAAAAACAUAAAGGGCUCUCAUACAUUGUAAGGGAAAGCACCUUUUAAAUGUGUAAA